CACCUUUGCUCGUCCCCGCUUCCCCUUGCAAACAAGUCGACAGACAGAGGCUAUACAAGAACGCGGACUAGACCAUAUCAGGCGAAAUGGUGAAGAUUGGGAUCAAUGGAUUUGGCCGUAUUGGGCGCCUGGUUACCCGUGCUGCUGCCAAGAGUGGAAAAGUUGAGGUUGUCGCCAUAAAUGACCCCUUCAUCGACCUUGACUACAUGGUCUACAUGUUCAAGUAUGACUCCACCCACGGUGUUUGGAAACACAGUGAAGUGAAGCAGGAGGGGGGAAAGCUUAUCAUUGGGAACCUCCACAUCACAGUUUUCCAUGAGAGGGACCCCACUGCCAUCAAAUGGGGCGAGGCUGGAGCUGACUAUGUUGUUGAGUCUACUGGUGUGUUCACCACCAUCGACAAAGCUUCUGCUCACCUGCAGGGAGGUGCCAAGAGGGUCAUCAUCUCCGCCCCCAGCGCAGAUGCCCCCAUGUUUGUGAUGGGCGUCAACCACGAGAAGUACGACAACUCCCUGAAGGUCGUCAGCAAUGCCUCCUGCACAACUAACUGCCUGGCUCCCAUCGCUAAGGUUAUCAACGACAACUUUGGCAUUGUUGAGGGUCUCAUGAGCACAGUUCAUGCCGUCACAGCUACACAGAAGACAGUUGACGGGCCCUCCGGUAAGCUGUGGAGAGAUGGCCGUGGUGCCAGCCAGAACAUUAUCCCUGCCUCCACCGGUGCCGCCAAGGCCGUGGGAAAGGUUAUCCCCGAGCUGAACGGCAAGCUGACGGGCAUGGCCUUCCGUGUCCCCACUCCCAAUGUGUCUGUGGUUGACCUGACUGUCCGUCUUGAGAAGGCUGCACCUUAUGACGAGAUCAAGAAGGUCAUCAAGGCUGCUGCUGAAGGACCCAUGAAGGGAAUUCUGGGAUACACAGAGGACCAGGUGGUGUCCACAGACUUCAACAGUGACUGCCGGUCCUCAAUCUUUGACGCCGGUGCAGGAAUUGCACUCAACGACCACUUUGUCAAGCUGGUCUCAUGGUACGACAAUGAGUUUGGCUACAGCAACCGUGUCGUUGACCUGUGUCUGCACAUGGCCUCCAAGGAGUGAAGCUUCCACAACUCCGAACCCCCACAUCCUGUGAAAUAUUCCUUCUGAACGGACAUCCCACCAAUCCGCCGCCAGAGAAAAAGAGCCUAUAGGCAACUCCAAGGCAACAUUUUCAUAAAAUGUCACUAGUGUGAUGACUGAGUGAUUUUUGCUUGAAGAGGAUAUUUUUACUGCACUAUGGCUGAAUUUUGCACUGUCAGACAAUAAAGGUCCUGUUUGUGAAAA